AUGAUCUAUGAUCAUUGCAACCAACAUGGUCAUUAUGUGAUCACCGGAGGUGCUGGCUUCCUUGGCAGUCAACUCAUCGCUGCUCUACAAAAAAACGGUGAUAUGACACAGUGCAUUGUCGUAGAUCCCAGCCCACCUCAUCCCUAUGAUACCAUCCAGUUUGAUCGAGCAUUUGUCACAUAUAAACAGGAGAAAUUCCAAGAAGAUCGCGUGCUUGAUUCUGUUCUUCCCAACGCCUCUACAGUAUUUCAUCUCUGCUCGAUCGGACACACCGGAAAAUAUGGAGCUCGUUGUUAUCAAGAUGAAGUGUAUAAAAUAAAUGUUGAAGGAACCAAAAAUCUCAUAUACAAAUGUCGAAAAUACAAGGUUGCCAGGUUUGUCUACUCGUCGUCUGUUGCAGUAGUUUUUGUCGGGAAACCUCUGCACAACGUGACAGAAGAGAUGCCCUACCCCGAAGAUCAUGAGUUUCUGGAUAUUUACUCUAAAACAAAAGCAGAAGCAGAAAAAUUCAUCAUCUCCCAGUCUUGCCCGGAGUUCAAGACCACUUGCUUGAGAUUCCGGGCUAUAUAUGGCCCACAGGACUUCGUUGUUGCUGAAAAAGUGGUGAAUAUGGUUGGUAUGAAUUUUUUUCGAAUCAAAAUCUUGCGCAAAUCGGACGAGACAAGAUCAAACAUGAGCAGUGGCAGGAACUGUGGUCUUGCUCUCCACCUUGCAAACCAAGCUCUGAUGGAAGAGGAAAAACCCCACGGAAAAGCCUAUUUCAUCCAUGAUGGAGAAGAAAUUCAACAAUAUGCCGUGUGGACACCUCUUAUAAAAGCAUUGGGAAAGCAACCACCAACAUUCAGAUGCCCCUAUUUUCUGGUUUCCCCCUUCAUCACACUGAUCUCUUUUUUCUGUCAUGAAAUCUUGAAGGUCAGUCCCCCAAUGACUCGAUUCGAACUCGAAGUACUCGUCACCACGAACACCUAUUCCAUCGAAGCAGCAAAACAAGAUCUGGGCUAUCGACCAACAGGAAAUCAUUUCCAACAGGUGGUUGAUUACUAUCGGGUCGAUACCAAAGAAAAAAUUGAGGCACAUCGGCCAACAGCGUAUUUGGAUUACGAUGAUUUAAUCUUCAUUCUGGUAUUAAUUUUUUGGACAAUUUCCCUCUUGUGGAGCUCUCAUUGA